UCCCAUAGAGACAAUUCCACAUAACAAAUAAUGCAUUUAUUUACCCUCUGAAAAAAUGAAUAAACGAAUAAAUGAUUGUAUUGCACACACGCCCAUCGUCAACAAAAUUUUUCACCAAUUUCUUCAUCAUCAGCAUCCCAAGUUUGGAAUCGAACCCACAAUUUGCAAAUCCAACCAGAACCCACCAUGUCAUCAUCAAGUGGAAUCGUUUGGAGCUAUGAAGAAGAAAAAGCGUUUGAGAAUGCCAUCGCAAUGCAUUGGGUUGAAGAGGACUCAAAAGAACACUGGGAGAAGAUUGCAUCAGCUGUUCCCAGCAAAAGCAUGGAGGAGUUGAAGCAACAUUACAGAUUGUUAUUAGAAGAUGUGAGUGCAAUAGAGGCAGGCCAUAUUCCACUUCCAAACUAUACUGGUGGAGAAGAAGCUACUUCUUCAAGUAAGGAAUUGCAUGCUUCUUCCUCCAAGGCUUCCACCUCAGAUAAAAGAUCUAAUUGUAAUUUCAGAAGUGGGUUUUCCGGGGUGGGACAUGAGUCAUCUGGGCAUGCUGGUAAAGGAGGCUCCUCAAAAUCCUCAGAACAAGAAAGGCGAAAAGGAAUUCCCUGGACAGAAGAAGAGCAUAGGCUAUUUCUGCUUGGCCUUGACAAAUUUGGAAAGGGAGAUUGGAGGAGCAUAUCAAGGAACUUUGUGAUGUCAAGGACCCCAACUCAAGUGGCAAGCCACGCACAGAAGUACUUUAUUAGGUUGAACUCCAUGAAUAGGGAUAGGAGAAGGUCAAGCAUCCAUGACAUAACAAGUGUGAACAAUGGGGAUGUGGCAACUAACCAGGCGCCAAUAACAGGCCAGCACGCAAACACAAACCCAUCAAGCACAAUGGGUGUGGCACAAUCUAUGAAGCAUAGGCCUCAUCAACCUCAUAUACCUGCUGGAAUUGGCAUGUAUGGAGCACCAGUAGGGCACCCUGUUGCUGCUCCUCCAAGUCAUAUGGCUUCUGCUGUAGGGACCCCUGUGAUGAUGCCUCCCGGACCUCAUCCUCAUCCUCCUUAUGUUGUUCCAAUGGCUUACCCAAUGGCAUCUCCAACAAUGCACAGAUGAUUAGUUUUUGGAUUUCUGGUUAGUUUCAGUAUGCAUUCUGGAGAGAAGCAGCUGCUCAUUUUAUGUGGAAUGAAUCUAAUGACUGUUGUAAUUUAAAUUUUACUCUGGUGUACUUUCUGGCAAAGAAUUUUUUUAAAAUCCCUAGUACUGUUGGAGAGUUUACAAACAGUAGACUCUGUUCUUUUUCCCUUUUGGGUGUUUUGCCCCUUCCCCUGUUAUACUGGAAGAAUGUGUCCUGGUGUACAUGGUUAUGGCAAUAAUUUCAUUGUAAACACCA